CCGGGGCCUCUGGGGGCCCAGGGGUGCGGAGAGGCGGCGGCGGAGCGCUUCACAGAAUCCCAGAAUGUUAGGGAUUGGAAGGGACCUCAAAAGAUCAUCUAGUCCAAUCCCGCUGCCGGAGCAGGAACACCUAGAUGAGGUUACACAGGAAGGUGUCCAGGCUGGUUUUGAAUGUCUCCAGAGAAGGAGACUCCACAACCUCCCUGGGCAGCCUGUUCCAGUGUUCUGUCACCCUCACUGAGAAGUUUCUUCUCAGAUUUAAGUGAAACCUCCUGUGUUCCAGUUUGUACCCAUUGCUCCUUGUCUUAUCAUUGGUUGUCACCGAGAAGAGCCUGGCUCCAUCCUCGUGACACCCUUUAUAUAUCUGUAAACAUUAAUGAGGUCACCCCUCAGUCCCCUCCAAGCUAAAGAGACCCAGUUCCCUCAGCCUUUCCUCAUAAGGGAGAUGUUCCACUCCCUUAUCAUCUUCGUUGCCCUGUGCUGGACGUUCUCCAGCAGUUCCCUGUCCUUCUUGAACUGAGGGGCCCAGAACUGGACACAAUAUUCCAGGUGUGGUCUCACCAGGGCAGAGUAGAGGGGAAGGAGAACCUCUCUCGACCCACUAACCACCCCGCUUUCAAUACAGCCCAGGAUGCCAUUGGCCUUCCUGGCCACAAGGGCACAGUGCUGGCUCAUGGUCAUCCUGCUGUCCUUUAAUCCUUGGCGAGAUUAAACUGUGCAGCCCUGGCGUGUAUGUGCCAGCUGCAACCGGGAGGCUGCCCCUGCCCCUGCCAAGUGCCAUGCCCGUGAGAUCAGAGCACCGCCUUGAAAACGAGCCUCAUGGAAAGCGCCAGCAGCCCGAAGCGGCAGAGCGGGAGCGUGCCUGCCCGGCGUGGGUGUGCGCGCCUGGGACGGGGAGCUCGGUACCAUGGCAGAGGCUUCGGGAAGCCCUCCUCCACAACCGACUGUGAGGAGGAAAAAAAGCAUAUCUAUUGAGGAAAAAAUCGACAUCAUAAGUGCUGUGGAAAGCGGUACGAAAAAGGCAGACAUCGCAGCCAAGUAUGGCAUAAAGAAGAAUUCCUUGUCUUCAAUUAUGAAGAAUAAAGAAAAAGUUCUGGAAGCCUUUGAAUCUUUACGAUUUGAUCCUAAAAGAAAAAGACUAAGGACUGCUUUUUAUAGCGACCUGGAGGAGGCACUGGUGAAGUGGUACAGGAUUGCUCAGUGCUUGAAUGUGCCAGUAAAUGGUCCUAUGUUGCGCCUCAAGGCUAAUGAUUUUGCCCAGAAGCUUGGACAUAGUGAUUUUAAAUGCAGUAAUGGCUGGCUCGAUCGUUUCAAGUCAAGGUAUGGUUUAGUUUUCAGAGCUCAUCCUGUAGAAGCAGCUGCUACUACAGUGGAUGCUCCAACUCUUUGGUGCCAAAAUAUUCUUCCUUAUUAUUUAAAGGAUUAUCAGCCAAAAAACGUGUUUUAUAUACAGGAAACUGGGUUGUUGUAUCAGAUGUUACCGCAUAACACAUUUGCAUUUAAAGGGGAAACUUGUUCUGUAGGUGAAGUAAGCAAGAAGAGAAUAACUGUAGUGGUGGGUACAAAUAUGGAUGGCUCUGAGAAACUUCCUUUGCUUGUUAUAGGAAAAAACAAGAGUCCUCGCUCUUUCAAAGAUAUAUUGUCACUCCCUGUGGAUUAUGAAGCAAAUGAUAUGGCGUGGAUGACUUCGGAAGUGUUCAAACAGUGGAUGCUUAAACUCGAUGACAGAUUUCGAGCACAGCAGCGACGAGUAGUUAUUCUUGUUGAUUCUCUCCCAGCUCACCCAGAAGUAAAGAACCUGAAGUCUGUCAAGUUAGUGUUCCCUCCUCCAGACUCUUCUUUGAGUAUAGCUGCGAAGCAAGGGGCUAUCAGAAGUCUGAAGGUUAAAUACAGGUGCUGUCUUAUCAAGAGAUUUGUUGACUGUGUAGAAAGUAAUAAAGAGUUUAUGCUGACUCUUCUCGAUGCAAUUGAGAUGUUGGACCUGUGCUGGAGGAAAGUAGCACCAAAGACUAUUGUAAAAAGUUAUAAUGAAGCAGGAUCCAAAUUAGAAACCCAGGCAAAUGAUAAUGACACAGAGGUUGGAAGUGAUUUUGAUUUGAUUGCACAUGCACAGGCAGCUGGAGUGGAGUUUCCAGACGGUUUGUCUUUGGAGGAAUAUGCAGCUCUAGAUGAUGGCUUGGUAACUUGUGAAAUGCCCACAAAUAACAAAAGAAUGUGUGCCAAAGAAGGUGCAUCAGAUAAACCUGGGACAUUUGUUGGUGAUGAAGAUGAGGAUGAAGCUGAUCAAUUUCAGGGAGCUGAACAGCCUUUACCAUCAAAACAUGAGGCUUUGAGUGCUUUAGAUACCCUUCGAAAGUUUCUCAGAAGUCAAGACGUGAAUAAUAUUUUUCAUGAUUCCUUAGCUGACCUGGAGAAUUUUAUUCAACAUGUAGCAUGUAAAUAAAUAUUUUAGUAAAAUGUGAAAGCAUGUAAUGGAAAAAAAGGAAUUGUAUAAGUAAACAAAAACAGGCAGUUUAAUAAUUGUGGCUGCUGUGUCCUCUAGCAUGUCUUGCUCAGGUGCCUAGAUGUACAUAAUGAAAGAAAUCCGAAAUUAUGAAAAAGGGCUGUGAACUGAAGUUUUCCACAAAAUCAGGUGGAAAUAACACAAAAUUUGGGGUGGAGAGAGGAAAUAAGUUGAACCUUUAAAAUUAUAACUGCAGUAUGCACAAUGGAGGCAAAAGCAAUUCUUUGAGCAGUUUGGUACACUCAGAAUGAACUGGUGCCCACUUGGAAUUCUUUCUUCAGGAAAAGAUUAGCACUUCUUCACAUCGAUAAUUUCACCAGUGUCUCUGUUGUUGACAGUGGAACAAUAAAUAUUUAUCAGCUUCGUGCUUUUGAUACUUAAAAAAUUGAGUAACACAGAAAAUAUGUACUUAAGUUCUGAGGACUAAGGGCUUUUUAAAAUAAUUUUUUUUUUGUCCUUGUUCAAGAAUUCUGACCAGUUUAUUCUUGCAGCUGAUGAUGAACAGCAGAAAGUUACCAGCAUUGUAUGUGCUGUCAGAUUCAAUGCACCAAUGCAGUUCAGCGUUAUCAGUGCCAUUAAGAGGGGUGCUGUUUGCAUGACUACAGUGUGAAGUUGAGUAAAUCACAGUAUGUUUAUACAUCUUCAAGUAUGGGGUUCAAGUAGUGUAACUAUCCCAGAGCCAAAAAUCUCAGUUUGUUUGAGACAUACCGUUAGUGACUUUUUUCAAAACCCAUUUUAAAGAUUUUCCUCCCACAGAGACCAGUGGAGGAUUUUUCUGUAGUAAUUUUUUUUAUUUAAAAUCCAUGGUUUGCUUUGCAUCAGCAUCUCCUACUACAAAUAAGUUCAGGAAAAGUUUCUAUUAUCCACAUAGUAAAUUUGUAUAUUGUUUAAAAUUCAGCUCCAUCAUCCCAGGAUCCAGAUAAGCAGACUCCUGUUUCCUUCUAAGAGAAUUCUGAGUGUGAAAGUGUGGAUCUGAGUGAGAAAGACUUGCAUAAGUAAGCAGCAGGUCUUGGUUAAGCAAGGGUUAGAUUUACAAGAAGUGUAGCCUUUGCAAGAUGAGGUGUUGAAAAUCAGGAGAUAGGAAAUAGCCAUUAGCUGCUGACAAAGGAAGUAAAUUACUGAGUGCUGUCAUACUCUCUCAUAAAAUCAGCAGGAAGGAUUUACUAAUUUGGCCUGGACUUUGUUUUAACAAACAUACAACCCAUCAAAAUCCUGUAUCUUUAGAGAAUAUAUGACUUUUCCCAGCCUCUUCAUUCAUUCUGAGAAGCCAAGGUAAAAUUCACUCACUAAAACAAUUUUUUUAGGUCAGACACUUUAUAUUCUAACACUAUACCUUUCAAAAUUAUUUAGGAGCCCAAAUCUUUCUUUUCACUUGGGUUUUGGUCACAUUUAUAUUCGAACAGAGAACAUGAAAUCCAUUAUGAAGCUUGUUGCUACUUUAGGUGUUUCUUCAUGGGGAAACGCGGACUCCUCAGAUCCAAAAUGCUAGCAGUGAAGAAGAAAGUGGUACACCAUGUAAAUGUUAGUCAUUUUAGCCCAUAUAUGCAGUUUGAGCUAGAGAAUUUUUUACACUGUGUAGGUAAACCAUCAGGACACUGGCUUUUUAUGUCUGGGGUGGUAUCUGUUGGAGGGAGAGGGAGAAUAUUGCUUUAGAGUGCACUGUAUUUAAAAAUAAGAACCUUUUCUACAAAAGGCAGAUUAUGAAGGCUGUGAUUUGCUUUAAUACUUCAAAUACUAGUUUAGACAACUAAGUGUUUUUUCUUAUAUACUUUUCUACUCCAUGCUAUAGUUAGAUAACAGUUACAUGCUUUGGCAUCAAGUCAGUGAGGUCAUUUUCAGUAACCCGAAGUUACUUCUAGAAAUGUAAACUGAAAAUAUGAAGCUUUAAUAGUAUAAGUAAUUUCCAAACAGGGGCAAAAUAAAAAAAAAAUAAAUUGGAACAUAGAUUUGAUAUAAUCAAAAGCAUCCUCAGAGUCAUUCUCGAGACAAGUAAUAUGUAAAAUUAAGUAUGCUUUUCAAAAUACAUCUGCAUUUGAAAAUUUUAAUAAAUACUACACUAUUUCUGA